AAGGAAAACGGAGUACAGUUGGUGGAAGCGUGUAAUCGCCGCGCGCAGCUAUCGGGACUAUCAGUAGCGACGUCAUGGAUAGCCUCGUAGAGAGCUAUACACGUUUUUGGCAGCGGUGUUCCGUGCCCUUAGCCGUGGCAAUGGUGUCCGUCGUCGUCGUCGCCGUCGUCGGCAUAGCCAGCGAACCCGUGGGCAGCGCGUCGGUGAUUUAAGUCGCGCAGUGCCGCCGUGACGGUCGAUCGAAGCGUUGGUGUACCUGGGAAUGCACCUCCACGAUGCCCCGGUCUCGAUGUUACCUCGUCCCGACAGUGUCUAAGUCGUUCUGUGGAUCCAGAAGACUCGUACAUCGCCCAGCGGCUGUAUAAACACCCGAGAGUCUCGCCUGCUCCGAACCUGAACCGAAGAUUCGUCGCGUCGCUCCGAAUCGACGCGACUGCCAUCGUUGGACUGCUCCAAUUGCAAUUCGUUAAGGAACGUCCUCCUGUGAGAGAUAUCGUCGUCGGAAUAUCAUAAAUGGCUGAUUCUGAAUAAAAGUGAACAAAAGUCUGGUGGGUCGAUCGUUCCCCAGGUGCGUUCAAUGCCUCUAGUGACAGACGCUUCUAGAUUUGAUCUAAACUCUGUAGAUUGUACAGGUAUCAUGAGAUUCUCUUAAAUUCUUUACGGCACGAGGAUUCGUGCAGUUACAAAUCCUUCCACGCGCAGGGUCAGAAGAAACGAAAGCGAAGCACAUGAGAGCGUGAUCCUCUUAAAAAGGUGGUGCAAGUGUGUGGGGUGAAGCAAGUGGUUAUCGAUGUCGACCCCUGAAGUGGACAUUUUCUAGCUGCGCAAAGCAUUCAUGAAAUACCUCUGUUUGUUUGUUCGUGUAAACAAGAUCUCUGGGCACCAGAGGUCCAGACCAAGACCUCAGGGGCUCAGCGGUGCUUGAUUCUGUUGCAUCUGCGUACAAAGAGGAUUCGCUAGUCGAUAACCGUCCGAUAAACGCGGGCCACGCUCCAAGCGACCUCAGUGAAGGCUAGGUGAGUACCAAAACAAAUGUCAUCGAGCGAGUCUACCAUCGCGAAUUACGUUGCCCGCGCGUAGGUGUUCGCUACUCCGUGGAGGGUUCGUCGACACUGUCGGUCCAGGUGCUGACCGAAAAAGGCCAGCGAGAUACGGAUAUAGAACGCCGGCGGCGACCGUUGGAAAAAGAUCGAAGAGAACCAGUCGACGGGAGGUUGGCCGUGCAAGCAGGGAUUCCUGGCAUGUACGAGAAUCGAUAGCUGGGAAUCCGAGAGCGGUUGAAGCAAAGAAACGUCACCGUUAUCGACAGGCUGAAACCGGAGGGUGCAGAAAGUUUUAGUUCCUAUCGCAAGUUUUAGUUCCACGCUACAGUUGUCCAGUGUCCGUAGGCGUUCAGCUCGAACGAUACGAGCAGGAGGAUCGUUCCGACACGCGAAACAAUAAGUGACACCCUUGAUAAUUGAAGCUCGAACCCCUCGGAAGUUACCGCUCAAACCCCUUGAAACUUAAAGCUCCGGCUUCGAUGAACGCUUGCUCUGGCGCUGAAAUCGACGGCUAGCCUCUUUAUCGAGAAUAAUCCCGAAACGAUCGUCUUCCAGCGAGGUGUGACUCCUUGAGCCUCCGCUAAGCAAUAAAGGCGUCGUCUAAUUAACUCCACUCGAGACUACGCCUCGUGUGAAUCUAAGAACGAUCGCGGAGCCAGAGCUAGGAGACGUAGGGUGCCUCGAAGCACCCCUAGUGGGCGUAAACAGCGGGAGCCACGAACCCUGCAGGUUCCUCGUGGCUGGGCAUCCCCUUCUGAUGGUAGAGCGAGUGACUCAGAGUCGGUGGACGAGCGCUGGCGACCAUCGCCAGCAGCGUCCAUGCCGUCGUCAACGCGCAACGUCAACAUGGCUCCACGUGCAGUCCCCUCGAUGAUCCUCCUCACCCUGCUCGCCCUCUGCUGGCCCAAAUGCAGCCAAGCAGGAUUGGCGAGAUUCUACGAGGCUGUCCCCGAGCAUAUGCAGCCAGAGAAACGCAUACCCAUCGACGAUUAUGCGAUGCACGGCCCGAUAGUCGACGAACACGAGUUUCCCCGUGACCUGAGGGAACCCUAUCCAGGAAAGAGUUUCGGUCCAAUGGGGCCCGUUGAUGGGUCUCUGCCAGACGACCGCGACGUGUCUUUUCGAAGCUUGUCGGCUGGGAAAGACGACACCAACCACCCCAUUGAGUCCCAUCUAGCUUCCCACUCGUCCGAAGAAGGAGCGAAGACACCUCUUCAUCCUAAACCAGAAUACAAAAUCGUCUCGGUGGAGUUCCAUCGCGUGGAGACGCCGUUCGUGAUCGGCAUAUGGAUCUUCUUCGCUAGCAUCGCAAAAAUAGGCUUCCACAUGACGCCAAGGCUCAGCAAGAUCUUUCCCGAGUCCUGUUUGCUGAUCGUCGUGGGCGUCGUCGUCGGUGUCUUACUGUUCCAGGCGAGCAGCGUCCACGUGUCGCCGCUCACCCCGGACACGUUCUUCCUGUACAUGCUGCCCCCCAUAAUCCUGGACGCCGGCUACUUCAUGCCUAACCGUCUGUUCUUCGACCACCUGGGGACUAUACUCCUCUUCGCCGUUGUCGGGACUAUAUUCAACACCAUGUCGAUAGGCGCAUCUCUAUGGGUGUUGGGUAAAAGCGGUUUGUUCGGCUGCGAAACACCGAUACUGGACAUGUUCCUCUUCUCCGCGUUGAUCAGCGCCGUCGAUCCCGUCGCCGUGUUAGCCGUCUUCGAGGAAAUCCACGUAAACGAGAUCCUGUACAUCGUGGUAUUCGGAGAGAGUCUUCUAAACGACGCAGUCACCGUCGUGCUGUACCACAUGUUCGAGGCUUAUACGGAAAUGGGACCUUCGAGGAUCAUUUAUACGGAUGUACUGUCAGGACUGGCGUCGUUCUUCGUCGUGGCUAUAGGUGGUACAAUAAUAGGCGUCAUAUGGGGCUUCGCGACUGGUUUCGUCACGAGGUUUACCCACCAGGUCCGCGUCAUCGAGCCCAUCUUCAUAUUCGUCAUGGCGUACCUGGCCUACCUGAAUGCUGAGAUCUUUCACAUGUCGAGUAUACUGGCGAUCACCUUCUGCGGGAUCACCAUGAAGAAUUACGUGGAGGCCAACAUAUCACACAAGUCCCACACUACCGUCAAGUACACGAUGAAGAUGCUGUCCAGCGGCUCCGAGACGAUCAUAUUCAUGUUCCUGGGGGUGGCGACGGUGAACAACGCUCACAACUGGAACACAUGGUUCGUCCUCAUGACCAUAGUCUUCUGUUCCAUCUAUCGAAUCCUCGGCGUGAUCGUUCUGACAGCUGUGGCGAAUCAAUUCCGACUACACAGGCUGGACAAAGUGGAGAAGUUCGUGAUGUCUUACGGAGGCUUAAGAGGCGCGGUUGCUUUUGCUCUGGUUCUACUGAUUGACCCCAGACACGUGCCAUUGCAACCGAUGUUCGUCACCACCACCAUCGCUGUUAUCUACUUCACCGUGUUCAUACAGGGCAUCACGAUCAAGCCGCUGGUAAAGAUCCUGAACGUGAAGAGGGCUGAGAAGAAGAAGCUGACUAUGAACGAGAGGAUUCACGAACGGAUAAUGGAUCACGUUAUGGCCGGGGUCGAGGACAUUUUAGGGAAGCACGGCAACUACCAUGUCCGAGACAAGUUCAAACGGUUUGACAAUAAAUUCAUUCGACCGUAUUUGGUGAGGCAUCACUGCGGUGCCGAGCCGAAAAUUUUAGAAACGUACUCGAAACUCGCGAUGAAAGACGCCAUGGAUUACAUUAGGAGGAACGCGUCCACCAUUGGCAAUAUCAGCGGAACGGAAAGCAUGUCUGCAAUAUUCCGCAACUAUAGCAACACGGGACAGUUCCACGGGAGUCCGAGUUGCAGCCAGCUCGAAACGGGCUGGAAUAUUGAUCUCCAAGAGUUGGAGUACAACCCUUCCAAGAAGGACCUCACGGACGCCAGGAUCCACCACUUAUUGGCCGAAGAACUCUGCAAACCUUACAAGAGGCAUCGACGCUUGAGCUAUAGCAGGCACGCGGUGAACGAUCGCGAUCUCUCGACUCAAGUCAACUAUAAAAUGCACAUGAACAUACGGAGGAUGAUGGGCGAGCACAAGCAUCGUCACAAGCGCAGCAAAAAGUUGCUCAAAGACGGCAAGCAGAAUCACGUGAGUUUCCCAGAGUUCCAGCAGAACGGUUCGACGAAGCUGUUCACUCAAGAUUACAUGAACGGGGUGCUGUACGAGCUGGAGAACGGGGAUACCUCAAAGCCUUCCAGCAAAGAGGAUUGGGACUCUGCGAUAACUUUCACGGCCCGUACUUCCGACUCGUCGAACGUGAAUGCGGAGAACCAUCACGGAGCUACCACGACCACCUCGAUGGACACCAUCAACACGGACGACCCGGAACUGAAGCUCGGGCGAGACGAGUGCUACAGGGUAACGACGCCCACUGCCACGGAAACGAUGUUACCAUGGAAAAGGGAGGACGAUUACGAUUCCGGUCACCCUAUCAAACAGAACGAAUUCCCAGCCUGGUGUUCGAAUAAAGAAUACCUGGCGUACAGUUCUCCGUCGGCGACGUUCUUAGGUGGAAUCGAGCAGCCGAAGAUCCAGUCUGUAAUUGGCCUAUUCCGUCGCGAUAGCGUCUGCACUCCAGACAGCAUGGAUUGCGAAGAAUCCCUGGACAAGCACGACGACUACACGCUGACUGAAACAGAGCAGACAGACUCACCUUCAAGAGCGUCGAACGGGAGGCGGGGUCCCACGAGAAGGGUGUCGAUGAUGGAGCUGGGCUCCAUGGAGAGAUCACAGUCGGACAAAGUGACAGACGAUGGUUCCCAUUCUCUGCCAGAAUGCUGGAAUACUCCUCAGAAGUACCGUAUGGGUUCGUUCUCCUAUUCAGCCCAGGUCCCCAGCCUCUCCACCGCCCUCAUAACGUCCUCCUCGGAAUCGUCGGAGGACAUCGACGAGGAGGAGGAGAACGCUUGA